AUGGAUUUUUCACAACUUCAAAUAAAAUAUCUAGUGAAAAGAAAUAAUCUAACACAAAAAUUAAUUGAUGUUACAAGUAAUGAUACAGACCCAAAUAACACAACACCAAAACGCAUAGUAUCAGAACGUAAUAAAAAAUAUGUAUUGAUAAAAAACAAGGAAGGAAGUACGGGGUGGACAAUGAGUUCUGUGGAUGAAAAUAAACACGAGAACAAUGAUAAGCAAGGUCAUACGGUUGAAAGGCCGGUUUAUAUGGAAAGUUCAGAGAUUGAUGAUAAAAAUUCAUUGGUCAAUGGAGAGAAUAAUGAAUUUGAAGAACUUGAAUUGCCUAAGUCAGCUCUAUCUUUUGACAAUUGUGAAUAUCAAGAAUAUAAAGAACGCACGCCAAUAACAAGCGAUGAUUGGAAUAGCUUACUUUUGGAUAAAAAUGCUUAUGUUGAAGAAAAUGAAAGCAUUGAAUCGGUUAUCAAAAAAUUCAAAAGACUGGAGUCUGAAUCAUUUGAAAUGUCACCAAAUAAACUCAAUGAUGAUGUUUCAUCAUUAUCAAUAAACUACGAUGAUAUUGAUACGUUUAUGUCAAUGGAACCAGAUGAAUUCUUUGCUUUUUGGCUUUCGCAGAUGUCACCAGAUUUUCAGAAGGAAUAUAACUAUCAUGAUGAAAUGCUUCAUAAAGCUAUUUAUGUUUGGGAUGAAGAUGAAUUAGAACAGCAAAAGAAAUCUGUCACAAAAAAAUUAGGAAAAUUAAGAGAGUCUGAUGAGCAAAAGGCGAAUGCUUUAAAUUUCUGGCAAAAUUUCUUGAAGGUUACAGCUGAAUUUCGCAGGAUAAAUUCUGACAUUAAUCAAAAUAAGGAUGAACUUAAUGAUAAACAAGAUCUUGAAAUUGAAAUGUCAGAUAGUCCUAUGGAUUUAAAAGAACAAAAAUAUAAAGAGAUAUGUAUGAGAGAAACAAAUCACAUAAUACAAAAGGUUGUGCAUACAAUAAAAAAAAUUAAUAUCAAUUUUGAAUCAUUACUCUUGCCGGUUAAUCAUGUAUCUUCUUAUCACACUUCAACUCUCGAUGUGCCUUUUGAAGAUAGAGAAACCGUUGCAGAAAUUAGUGAUUUCGAAGAAGUUGAAUUACCAACAAACCCUGUUGAUUCUGGUUAUCAAUCUACAAAAAUUAAUCCGCAAUUGAUGGCAACUUCAAAUAUUAGUGUAGAAUUUUCCGAUACAGAAUAUGAUAGUCAAACGAAUGUGUUGAUAGAUACUUUAGAAGUUGAGGACAUAAACAAUAUAUCCAAAGAUAAAUAUAUCAAAAUUUCUUCUGACGAGGAUGAAGAAUGUAGUUAUGCAGAAAAAUUCGAACCGGCAAGUAACAGUUCUGAUGAUGAGAUUCCAAAACAACUCACAGAAGAAGAAUCAGAAUUUGCUAGGUUUUUAUCAGAGUUGAAGAAAAAGGAUUUGAAUUCAAUACAACAAGAAUUGAAUACUGAAGUUCAGCAACUAAACGAGCAACGAAAACGAGAAAAACGAGAUGCUGAUAGCGUGACACAAACAAUGAUAAGUGAAUGCCAAAAACUCUUGCAAUUAUUUGGUAUUCCAUAUAUCAUAGCACCAAUGGAAGCUGAAGCACAAUGUGCCGAAUUGCUUCGUCUCGAACUUGUGGAUGGAAUCGUUACUGAUGAUAGUGAUGUCUUUUUGUUUGGAGGAACGCGGGUAUACAAGAACAUGUUCAAUCAACAAAAAUAUGUUGAACUUUACCUUUUACAAGAUUUAGAACAACACAUGGGAAUAAAUCGUGAAAAGUUGAUUCAUUUAGCUAUACUCUUAGGAAGCGAUUAUACAGAAGGUCUACCUGGUAUCGGAGUUGUUAGCGCCAUAGAAAUAUUAAAUGAAUUUCCUGGUGAAAAAGGUUUAGAGCAUUUUAGAGAUUGGUGGCUGGACGUUCAAAAUGGAACGAGUGGACCAGAAAAUAAUGAGAGUGAUUUCAAAAAGAAAUUUCGUAAGAAGAUGAAAGCUUUAUUAUUAUCAAAGAACUUCCCAAAUCACCGUAUAUGGGACGCUUAUUAUAGACCACUAGUUGAUGAUUCAAAAGUUCAAUUUCAAUGGACCAUUCCAAAUUUAGAUGACCUUCGAGACUUUUUGAUGGAAAAUUUUUCAUGGACACAUGAGAAAGUCGAUGAAACACUUGUACCACUUAUGAAAACUUUUGUUAAGAAGAAGGAAAGUAACCAAAUAACUCUGGAUGGUUUUUUUGCUUAUCCGUUAAGCAGUAGUAAGUCACAUCAAAGUACGAGAAUACAGCGCAUUGUGGAUUCUUGGAGAAGUGGUGAAACUUAUGAUAAUGAAAGUCGAAGUAAUGAUGGUAAUGAAUCGUCUCAAAGACGGAAGAAGCGAUCUCAAAAAAAAUCAAUCGAUGUUAUUACCAUUGACUCAUCAAGUAAUUCAGAGCAAGAGACCAUUCAUAAAAAAAGGAAAAGGCAAAAAACCAAGAAAAGCCUAAUUACUAAGCUACAAAACUUUUUGAUCAAACUUCCAAAGCCCCGAUCUAUCCGAAAGGCUAUGUAUGGCAUAGAAAUUGCUAAAGCGGCCCUUGUGGCCAUGCAAUAUUCCAAGAAUUGGAAUAUUCCCGUAAUUUUUUUUUAA